AUUAAUUUUCAGGGAAAUGAAAAUUUGGGCAUGGUGAUGGUGUUCACAUUAGUAUCAGCUGGACAAGAGUGGCUCAAUGUAAGAUGGGAUGCCAUCAAGAAAGAAAGAGAAGAACAAAUACUAGCCAAAAAGAAGGCUGAGGAAGAGGCAGAAUUGAAAAGGUUUGAAGGUACAAGAGUGACUGUGGAGUCCUUCCUAGCAUGGAGGAAACAGUUUGAGAUUGACAUGGGCAUACCCGCCAAAAGAGAGAGGGAACUAAAGGAUAAGAACAAGCUUACAGGCAGGGAGCUGUUCUUGAGGGACACUACACUCAAUGAGUCUGAUCUUAAAUUCCUUGAUGAUGGUGAUGCAGUCAAAGUCGAUGAGUCACUGUUCCAAGACUUGGAUGACCUUGAAAUAUCUGAUGAAGAUGAUGCCGACUAUGUUCCGGGACAGAGUGGCAGCGAGAGUGAUUAGUACAUAAUGUGCCCCUCCUACAGGGGUCAGUGAACGAGUGAUAGAACUAAACGCCUCCUCGGCUGACGCGCGCCCUUCGAACAGAUGUGGUUUACAGUUACUCAGUUAUUGUUCAAUAAAACUACACAAACAUACUUGGAGAAUAUUUUAUUUACACUUUGUCACUAAAGUAGGUAUGUACAACGGACAAGUGAAAUAUCAAAAAAAAAGCGAUGGGUCAACUAUCAUAAAAUGGCAG